AUGAGAACUUUGAGCAGCGCGUACACAAGCGUGUUCGCGUAUCGUACGCUUUGGAACAAAGGCGUACGCGUAAUGUUAGAAACACUGGUCGUACCGUCUGAAAUCGAUUAUUAUGUAAUCAAUUCGAUAGGACAAUAUCUGACCAAUGCCAACGAUGAAUACUUGAAAGUAGCUGAGGCUUAUUAUAGAAGUGACAUUAAUAAAGAUUUUCUUCACGAUAUUAUUCAUGCUGUACAAGAUUUAGAGACAUUGUUAUCUCAAUUCUUUGCAUCCACAAAAGGGAAUUGCCAUCUUGAUCAACUAUUAUUACAGUAG